GGUCAGAAAAAUAGCUGGCUUGUUGGAAAUAAAAUUGUUUCUAUUACAACUAGUGGCUGUGGUACUAAAUCUUUCAAGCAUGGUUUAUGUGAAAGGUGCUAUUCAUCUUGUCGUGAUGUCAAUAAAAGUUUGGAAUCUGAUGAAAGCGAUUCAAUAUUUAUUGAACCAGAAGCUUCUAGAUCUGAAACUUCAGAAACUUUUAACACCAAAAGAAAGCGUCAUCGUUCUGCUAUUCAGAGAAGGAAUACAACACUGUCUAGAGAAAUGUUUACAAAUGCCAAUCAAACUAAAGAUGACAUUCUUCUGCAUUUCCCUCGACAUCAUUCAUCGGGUUCUUUAUCCCAUCGUCGCCAUACUACUUACUUUCCUAAUGAUAGCCAGGCAGCUGCAAGUUCUUAUGGAGAAUGGUCUUUAGGAAAGAAAGAAAGAGAAGAAAGAGGUGGGCAUCUGUGUAGUUGUUGGUGCACUAGUUGGGCUGAAGUGCAUAUUAGACGGCCAACUGGAAAUACAUCUUGGAUGAUGAAGAUACAGAAUCAACUUUUUUUACCUUCUUCUCCUCCAGAAUUUCCUCUUUCUGUCAUUAAUUCUUUAGUGUUACCACAAAAUAGGGACCUUGAUGUAGAUAGCAGUCUUCCUUCAACUGAAGAGGAGUACAGUGAUUUGAAUGAGUCUCAACUAGGGGAAGCAUCCGAUGGUGCUAUAGAGAUACUGCCUUGCUCUAAACCUAACCCUCCUGUACGGCGUACAAAUUCUAGUCCUGAUAUGAACACAGGUUUAUUGCAGUAUGAAAAACUUGCAAAUGAACAAAAUGAGAGAUUAGAACUCGCUAAUGAUAUUGAAAAACAAAGGUCUCAAUGCAUGGAAAAUGAGAAUUUUAUAAAAGAAGAUUUCCCCCUAAACAAGAGCUCAGAAAUUCUAAAUUCAAAGGGUGCUCUUAAAUUAGAUUUGCCUUCUAAAAGUGAAGUCGCAGAGCUAAAUUUUUCUAGAGAAAAUAUGUGUGAGCCAAGUUCAGCUAAAGUUCUAAGCAGUAUAGAAUGUCAGCAACAGGCAUCUAUGUCUUCUUUCAGAGAUAGGGGACAUACUAUAUCAGUAAUGAGUCCUAGUCGUCCAAAUGGCUCUGAUAAUUCAGUCAAAAGGCCUGAAUUGAAUCGCAGGAGUGGUAUGAGCCCAAGUUUUGUUUUCCUACAACUCUUUCACAAUAGUUGCUUUGGUCCUGUAACUCAUAAACCACUCUUAUUGCUACAAACUGAGGCCAAUAAUCGAGCUCUUAGUGUAUUAGAUCACAUACCUCCUUAUGAUACCCACAAAAUUGGUGUUGUAUACAUUGGACCUGGACAGUUAAUUGGGUGA